AUGCAACUAUUGAGAUUGUAUCUUGCCGGCCUACAGAAUUUUACUCUGAUGACGGAUCACCAGCCCCUCAUGCCUAUCCUGAAUCAUUACUCGCUGGACGCCAUCGAGAAUCCUCGCCUCCAGCGUCUGAAGGAGAAAAUUUCACCCUAUUUGUUCACAGCUGUGUGGCGUGCUGCCAAGUCUCUGAACAUUCCUGAUGCUUUGUCUCGAGCCCCAUUAAGCCACCCCACACCAGAGGACGAAAUUGCAGGUGCCCCUUCCACCACCCAUCUACGAACAGUCAUGGCUGUGUAUGCUGUCACCUCUUCAGGAAAGUCUCCAGCUCAAGAUGCCGACAGGACUCUUCAGUAUCUACGAGACGCAGCAAGAGUAGACCCUGUCUACACUCGCCUACUUGACUGUGUCACCUCAGGAUUCCCCUCCAACAGAUAUGAUCUGCAUAACUCCUUACUCCCAUACUGGAAGAUACGGGACGAGCUCUACGCUGAUGGUGACCUCGUUUUGUUUGGAGCAAGAGUUAUAGUUCCUGCCACCCUCCGCCACCGCACAUUGUCCCGCCUACAUGACAGUCAUAGGGGCGUGGAAGCUACGAAGCCCCGGGCAAGACAGGCUGUUUUUUGGCCUGGUAUCAACUCAGACAUUGCCAACACUAUUGGAGCUUGUGAGUCAUGCCAGUUAUUGCAGCCAACUCAGCCGCAGGAACCAUUAAUGAACGACGACAACCCCACAAGGCCCUUUGAAUCUGUUUCAGCAGACUUCUUUACCGUCGCAGGAAAAGCCUUCCUUGUCAUAGUUGACCGACUUUCAGGAUGGCCUGUUGUUGUCCCAUGCAAAGGUGAUACUACCGCCUCCAAUACAAACAGGAUCUUCUGCCACUACUUCCGGGAAGUUGGUGUGUCUCUCUGCCUCAGGGCUGAUGGAGGACCACAGUUCACCAGCAACGAGUUCCGGGACUUCAUGGAGCGAUGGGGAGUCCGACAUGUGAUAACCUCCCCAUAUUAUCCACAAUCGAACGGUCAUGCCGAAGCCGCUGUGAAGUCAAUGAAGCAUCUCAUCCUGACAACGGUACCCUUUGGCAACAUUGAUUGUGAAGAGUUUGAUUGA